UUCCGUGCGCACCCACGCCUAUUUCAAUUCCAGUGCAAUUUCCAAAAGCAUCUAGUCAAAGCUAUUUUUAAUGUUCACCGUUUCAUUCGAUGGACGCCUCACGUAUAAACUCUUGUCAGGCUCUCGCUAGCUGGCGGCAAAUGCCUUCGCCCACCGGUCUCGCCACAUUGACAUUCACUGUCCGCGUGGCGUCACGAUGGAACUGGAGUCGAGGUUGCGUGAGGCUGCAGCGCAGGAGUUUUGGCGUGAAGGCAGGGACGUGGCGGAAGACCAAAGUGCCUCCAAGGUACCUUGGCCAACCCAGCCCCUUCACCCACCCGCACCUCCUCAAACAUGGUGAGGUGACCCCUGGUUUAACUCAGACGGAGUUUGAGCUUCGCCGACAGAGGUUGGCAGCCCUUAUCGCGACAAAUGCGGAGAGGCUUGGGGCAACUAACUCUGGCUGCCCUGUGGCUAUAGUCCUCUCGCACCCCAUUCGCUACAUGACCAAUGACAUCCCGUACCCCUUUCACCAAAACCAGGAAUUCCUCUACCUUACUGGCAUUCUUGAGCCAGACAGUGCACUGGUUCUGUGCUGUGGGUCCCAUGAGGACCAGGCCAUCUUGUUUGUUCCUCGCAGAGACCCAGCACGUGAGCUGUGGGAUGGGCCCAGGUCAGGGAAGGAGGGUGCAGCUGCACUGACAGGCAUUGAGAGAGUGCAUAACACAGAGGAGCUGGGUCUUGUGCUUAAGAGCUUGAAAGGCACCACAGUGUGGUAUGAUGGAUCCCAGCCAUGCCACCCCCAGCUCCACCAAACCUACAUUCAACCCCUGCUGGAGGGGGGGCUUAUGGGUCGGCCCCUCAGGCGUCUCAUACACUCCCUGAGGGUGAUCAAGAGCCCUGCAGAGUUGGCCCUCAUGAAAGAGGCAGGGAGCAUCACUGCGCAGGCAUUUAAGAAGACAAUGUCCAUGUCUCAGGGAGAUAUUGAUGAAGCUCUUCUUUAUGCCAAGUUUGACUUUGAGUGUCGUGCUCAAGGUGCCAACUUUCUGGCAUAUCCUCCUGUGGUUGCUGGUGGGAACAGAGCUAAUACACUGCAUUAUAUCAACAACAAUCAGAUCAUCAAGGAUGGUGAGUUAGUCUUGCUUGAUGGUGGCUGUGAGUAUUUUGGUUACGUCAGUGAUAUCACUCGCACCUGGCCAGUGAAUGGAAAAUUCUCACCAGCCCAGGCUGAACUGUAUGAAGCUGUUCUGGAGGUACAGAUGUACUGCAUCUCAUUGUGCUGCCCAGGCACUAGCCUGGACUACAUCUACAGCACUAUGCUGACAUUACUGGGGCAAAAACUAAAAAAACUAGGUAUCAUAGGCAGCACAGCCAGUGAGGAAGAUGCACGCAAGGCUGCACGCAGAUACUGCCCCCAUCAUGUGGGACACUACCUGGGCAUGGAUGUGCAUGACACAUCUGAACUGUCCCGCUCACUGCCCUUGCAGCCUGGUAUGGUUAUCACAAUUGAGCCAGGGCUUUAUAUCUCUGAAAACGACAAGGGGUGUCCAGAACGGUUCCGUGGACUUGGGAUCCGGAUUGAGGAUGAUGUGGUGAUCCAGAAGGAAGGCGGGCCAUUGAUUCUGUCUGCUGACACUCCCAAAACCAUCCCUGAAAUAGAAAGAGUUUGUGCACAAAAGGAUGCUUGAGAAUGGAUGGAUGUGGGAUGGGGGUAAAAACCCUCCUCCUCAGAGGUGAAUUAAUGAGGGAGGACAAAAUUGUAUAUAGAUGUGGCAUAAGUGGACGAAAAAUGCGAGCAUAUGUUUUUAGCUGCCACUUCGUACGUCACUGUGCUUAACUCGCCCGUAUGGUUAGUACAUUUGAUCAUUUCCAGUUACAAAUCAAGUCUUUUUGCUGUUCUUAAUAAAAGUGCC